AUGGAGUCUUCAAUUGUAUCCUCGGUAAAAGGUUUGAGAAAAGGAGCCUGGGCCGAAGAAGAAGAUCUACUUCUUAGGAAAUGUAUCAUAAAGUACGGUGAAGGAAAAUGGCGUCAAGUUCCUCUUAGAGUAGGACUGAAUCGCUGUCGAAAAAGCUGUAGAUUGAGGUGGUUGAACUAUCUACAACCAAACAUAAAAAGAGGAGAGUUUCAACCAGAUGAAGUGGAUCUCAUCAUCAGGAUGCAUAAGCUUCUUGGCAACAGAUGGUCACUAAUUGCUGGUAGGCUUCUCGGAAGAACAGCAAAUGAUAUCAAGAAUUACUACAACACUCACUUGAAAAAAACUUGUUUAUCUAAAUCUAAAUACAAUAUAGAGAAGGGAAAACAAGUUGUCACGACAAAUAAAUCAGGUCAUGAUAGUAACAGUCGUCGUGAUGACGGCCAGGACCAUGGUAACCAGCAGGUUCUAAAACGUCGGCGAUCGUGUUCAAAUAUUAAUACUACAGAUCAUAUUGUUGAUAAGAACAUGGUGACUCGAGUUUUAAAACCUCAAGUUCGAACCUUCAAGAAAGCCCUGUGGAAUGCGAAUAAAUUACCAACACCAACAGGGAUGAAUAAUAACCACACUACUACCACAACAACUAGAUUUCCUAGUUAUUCACAAGUCAUCAACAAACAUAUUACAAAAUGUUUGCCAUUAUUAGUCGACGAUCAGGUCUCAAAUGGUCAACAAAUUCAUGAUAAUAGUACUCACUGGGUGAAAAAUAUAUUGUUCAGUGAAACGGAAGAAGAAGAUCCAAUGCCGAACAAGAAGAAGCUGAAAAAGAAGAAGAAACGAGUUACUUGUAAUAAUAAUGCCUCAAAAUUUGAAAGCAAUACAACAAAAGGUGUCGAGGAAGGGAUGACAACAAAGGAUAAAAAUGAUGGCAGUAACGAUGAUCAACAUGCUCACAACUGUAGUCCCGAUGACGGUAAAGGGUGGUUAGAAGAAGGCGGUAGUGCUGGUGAGACCAACAACUUCUGGGACAGGUAUCUUGAUGAAAAUUUGUGGCCUAUGUUAGGGGAAGAACAAGAGCAGUACUUACAAAUGUAA